CACCACCCUUCUCCAACACCCCAUACUCCCAAUCUCAUCUCAAGCUCUUUUUGUCCACCAUCCUAAAUUUAGCCAUGAAUUGCCCUGCUGACUGGCCCGAACCCAUUGUUCGGGUCCAAUCGUUAUCAGAAACCGGAAACCUGAUGAUUCCAGACAGAUAUAUCAAGCCGUUGUCUCAACGGCCGUCUUUCAACACACGAUCAGAUAGUUUAAACAUCCCCUUAAUCGAUCUUUUUGGAUUGAUACACGGUGACACUGCAACCAAGAAAGCUGUCAUGGACCAGAUCUCUGUGGCAUGUCGCGAGUGGGGGUUCUUUCAGGUGGUGAAUCAUGGGAUGAGUCAUGAAUUGGUGGAGGAAGCUCGGGAAGUUUGGAGGGAAUUCUUUCAUCAACCAAUGGAAGUCAAGCAAGAGUAUGCAAACUCACCCAAGACUUAUGAAGGGUAUGGGAGUCGAUUAGGGUUACAAAAGGGUGCAAUUCUUGAUUGGAGUGACUACUAUUUCCUUCACUAUCUUCCUUCCAAUCUAAAAGACCAUAAAAAGUGGCCUUCACAUCCACCUUUUCUCAGGGACGUGAUUGAAGACUAUUCACAGGAAAUUGUGAGGCUAGGCAAGCUGUUGCUGAAGGUAUUCUCGACAAACUUAGGACUCGAAGAAAAUCAUUUGGAAAAAGCAUUUGGUGGCGACAACAACAUCGGAGCUUGCUUGAGAGUGAAUUUCUAUCCUAAAUGCCCACAACCCGACUUGACCCUAGGAUUAUCAUCUCAUUCGGACCCAGGUGGCAUGACCUUCUUACUCCCUGACGAGCAUGUCAGUGGCCUCCAAGUUCGAAAAGCUGGUGAAUGGAUUACAGUUAAACCAGCCCGACAUGCAAUCAUCGUCAAUAUUGGAGAUCAAAUUCAGGUUUUGACGAACGCUAUGUACAAGAGUGUAGAGCACAGAGUGAUCGUAAACCCAGAUAAAGAAAGAGUGUCAUUGGCGUAUUUCUUGAAUCCAAAGAGUGAUGUGCUUAUCGGACCUGCAACAAAGCUUGUUACAUCGAAGACACCUGCACUUUACCAACCCAUGACUUUUGAUGAAUACAGACUCUUUAUACGAAUGAGAGGUCCACAAGGAAAAUCCCAAGUGGAGUCUUUAAAAUCUCCAAGAUGAGCCCAUUUGUUACUCUUAAGUUAUGUCUCACCUUCGUGAUUGGAAGGAUCUUUGUGCAUAAAACUCUCAAUGGAAUUGACCCUAUCGACUAUUUCAUACACCA